AUGCCAACGUUUCCGAGCGCCAGCCGGUGGUCGUCGUCCACCAAAUGGCCACGGAGGGCAGCCGGAGCGGCGUCCACGGCGCUAGCCGCCGCCGUCUUCGCGGUCCUGGACGUCGCCGACGUGAUCCUCUGCUUCGUGUACGCCCUCCUCGACGGCGUCCUCGAGGACAGCCCCAUGCGCUGCUACUGCCACAGGAGCUAUGACAACGGCGGCAUCAGCGAGGCGACCGCUGCAGCAGUGGAUGGCGGCGACCACGAGGUCUCUGACACGCUGUACGCGUGCGUUCGGAGGAGCACCGUCAGGGACGCGAUCCUGUACCUCCUGCGACACGUCGUCGGGAGGAGAAGAGGGACGCCGCCGGAUGAGACGGUGGCGCCCUGCAAGUGGCGCAGCCCCAGGUGGUCUGACUGCGCGUGCAGGUCGUGCGUCGCAUGGAGGGGCGGCGAAGGCGGCGGCGGCGGCGGCGGCAGCGGCCGGCUGCACAUCGUCGUCAAAGAGCCGGAUCGGGAAGGCAAUGUCCACGCUUGCACACUAAAACAGAGUGAGACGACGACCACUCCCGAUGCCGAGAACGCCAUCUUCGUGCACGGCUUCACGUCGUCGUCGUCCUUCUGGUCGGAGACGGUGUUCCGGGAGUCCUCCUUCAUCCUCGACGACUGCAGGUUGUUCGCGGUGGAUCUCCUCGGCUUCGGCCGGAGCCCCAAGCCUGCGAAUUGCAUGUACAGAGUGAGAGACCACGUGGAGGCGAUCGAGAGGAGCCUCAUCGAGCCGCAUGGCCUGAUGAGCGGCAGCGCCUCCUUCCACCUGGUCAGCCACUCCAUGGGCUGCAUCAUCGCCCUCGCCUUGGCUGCCAAGCACCCGACCCGCGUGAAAUCCAUCACGCUGGUUGCACCGCCGUACUUCUUGCCGUGCGAGCAGAAGGCGAGCCAGGUGGCGCUCAACAGGCUGGCCGAGAAGAAGCUGUGGCCGCCGCUGCUGUUCGGCUCUGCGGUGAUGUCGUGGUACGAGCACGUCGGGAGGACCGUCUGCUUCCUCGUCUGCAAGAACCACCUGCUCUGGGAGUGGCUCUUCAGCCUCUUCACGGGAAACACGGACGUGGAUUUCAGGGUGAGGGAUCUGACGAAGCACACCCACCACUCGGCGUGGCACACCAUGCACAACGUCAUCUGCGGCGGGGCGGCGCUGCAGGACCGGAACCUGGAGGCCGUCGCGGCGGCCGGCAUCCCAGUGCAGGUGGUCCACGGCGCCGACGACCAGGUGGUUCCGGUCGAGUGCAGCCGCCAUCUCAAGGCGAAGCUCCCGCGCGCCAAGCUCCGUGUCAUGGACAGGCGCGACCACUCGACGGUGGUUCUCGGCAGGGAGAGGGACUUCGCCAAGGAGGUCAAGGCGUUCUGGUGGUCAGCUGCUCAAAGGCCCACCCACCAGAUACGUGUGGAAUCAGUGGUAAUAUAA